AUGGCUAGCUCCAUUAACGGGUAUCAAAGUGCUGUAGUACCCGGUAGAAACCAUGUGACGGUGUCUGAAGUGGAUGAGUUCUGUAAAGCCCUUGGAGGGGAAACCCCAAUACAUAGCAUUUUGAUCGCCAACAAUGGAAUGGCUGCUGUGAAGUUCAUACGUAGUGUCAGAACCUGGGCUUACGAAACAUUUGGCACGGAAAGAGCCAUAUUGUUGGUGGGGAUGGCGACCCCUGAAGACAUGCGGAUCAAUGCGGAGCAUAUCAGAAUCGCUGAUCAGUUUGUGGAGGUUCCUGGAGGAACAAACAAUAACAAUUAUGCCAAUGUUCAGCUUAUUGUAGAGAUGGCCGAGGUAACGCAUGUGGAUGCAGUUUGGCCUGGUUGGGGUCAUGCAUCUGAAAACCCUGAGUUACCUGAUGCCCUAAAAGAGAAAGGAAUAAUAUUUCUUGGUCCCCCAGCUUCUUCAAUGGCAGCGUUAGGUGAUAAGAUUGGUUCGUCGUUGAUUGCACAAGCUGCUGAUGUACCCACUCUGCCAUGGAGUGGUUCCCAUGUUAAAAUUCCUCCAGACAGCAACUUGGUAACGAUCCCGGAGGAGAUCUACAGGCAAGCUUGUGUCUACACAACUGAAGAAGCGAUUGCUAGUUGUCAAGUUGUCGGUUACCCAGCAAUGAUCAAAGCAUCUUGGGGUGGUGGCGGUAAAGGCAUUAGGAAGGUUCAUAAUGAUGAUGAGGUUAAGGCUCUAUUCAAGCAAGUUCAGGGUGAGGUCCCUGGAUCACCGAUAUUUAUAAUGAAGGUUGCUUCACAGAGUCGGCAUUUAGAGGUCCAGUUGCUCUGUGACCAGUAUGGAAAUGUUUCAGCUCUGCAUAGCCGUGAUUGUAGCGUCCAGAGAAGACACCAAAAGAUCAUAGAGGAAGGUCCAAUCACUGUGGCUCCGCGAGAAACCGUUAAGAAACUUGAGCAGGCAGCUAGAAGGUUGGCUAAGAGUGUUAACUACAUUGGUGCUGCUACUGUCGAGUAUCUCUACAGCAUGGAAACUGGGGAGUAUUACUUCCUAGAGCUUAACCCUCGGUUACAGGUUGAGCACCCUGUAACUGAGUGGAUUGCCGAGAUAAAUCUUCCUGCUGCCCAAGUUGCUGUGGGGAUGGGAAUUCCUCUAUGGCAAAUCCCUGAGAUAAGACGAUUCUAUGGCAUAGAACAUGGUGGAGGUUACGAUUCUUGGAGGCAGACAUCUGUCGUAGCCUCUCCUUUUGAUUUUGACAAAGCUGAAUCUAUAAGACCUAAAGGUCAUUGUGUGGCUGUACGUGUCACAAGCGAGGAUCCUGAUGACGGUUUCAAGCCUACCGGCGGUAAAGUACAGGAGUUGAGUUUUAAGAGCAAGCCAAACGUCUGGGCAUACUUCUCUGUCAAGUCUGGUGGAGGCAUCCACGAGUUCUCAGAUUCCCAGUUUGGCCAUGUUUUUGCAUUUGGGGAAUCCAGAGCCCUGGCAAUAGCAAAUAUGGUUCUUGGGCUGAAAGAAAUUCAAAUUCGUGGAGAAAUUAGGACUAAUGUUGACUAUACCAUUGACCUUCUACAUGCUUCUGAUUACCGGGGAAACAAAAUUCACACUGGUUGGUUGGACAGUAGAAUUGCUAUGCGGGUCAGAGCAGAGAGGCCCCCAUGGUAUCUCUCUGUUGUAGGUGGAGCUCUCUAUAAAGCAUCAGCGACCAGUGCUGCCGUGGUCUCGGAUUAUGUUGGUUAUCUUGAGAAGGGACAAAUUCCCCCAAAGCAUAUAUCUCUUGUGCAUUCUCAAGUGUCUCUAAAUAUUGAAGGAAGUAAAUAUACGAUCGAUGUGGUCCGGGGUGGAUCAGGAAGCUACAGGCUAAGAAUGAACAACUCACAAGUUGUAGCAGAAAUACACACUCUACGUGAUGGAGGUCUGUUGAUGCAGUUGGAUGGUAAAAGCCAUGUGAUAUAUGCAGAGGAAGAAGCGGCAGGAACCCGACUUCUCAUUGAUGGAAGAACUUGUUUACUACAGAAUGAUCAUGAUCCUUCGAAGUUGAUGGCUGAGACACCGUGCAAGCUGCUGAGGUAUCUGGUUUCAGAUAAUAGCAGUAUUGAUGCUGAUACUCCCUAUGCGGAAGUUGAGGUCAUGAAAAUGUGCAUGCCACUUCUUUCACCUGCUUCAGGAGUUAUCCAUUUCAAAAUGUCUGAAGGACAAGCUAUGCAGGCUGGUGAACUUAUAGCCAAGCUUGACCUUGAUGAUCCUUCUGCUGUAAGAAAGGCCGAACCCUUCCAUGGAAGUUUCCCAAGAUUAGGGCUUCCAACAGCAAUUUCUGGUAAAGUUCACCAGAGAUGUGCUGCAACUUUAAAUGCUGCUCGCAUGAUUCUUGCCGGCUAUGAACAUAACGUAGAUGAGGUUGUUCAAGACUUGCUUAAUUGCCUUGAUAGUCCUGAACUCCCAUUCCUUCAGUGGCAAGAGUGCUUUGCAGUUCUGGCAACACGACUACCUAAAGACCUCAGGAACAAGCUAGAAUCAAAGUAUAGGGAAUUUGAGAGUAUCUCCAGAAACUCGCUGACCGCAGAUUUCCCUGCCAAACUUUUAAAAGGCAUUCUUGAGGCUUAUUUAUCAUCUUAUGAUGAGAAAGAAAGAGGCGCCCUUGAAAGGCUCGUUGAACCAUUGAUGAGCCUGGCAAAGUCUUAUGAAGGUGGUAGAGAAAGUCAUGCCCGUGUUAUUGUUCAUUCCCUCUUUGAAGAAUACCUAUCAGUAGAAGAACUAUUCAAUGAUAACAUGCUGGCCGAUGUUAUAGAACGCAUGCGUCAGCAAUACAAGAAAGAUCUGCUGAAGAUUGUGGAUAUAGUGCUCUCUCACCAGGGCAUAAAAAACAAAAAUAAACUCGUUCUCCGGCUCAUGGAGCAGCUUGUUUACCCUAAUCCUGCUGCAUACAGAGAUAAACUGAUCCGAUUCUCGACACUUAACCAUACUAAUUACUCUGAGGCGAGUCAAUUACUCGAACAGACCAAACUAAGUGAACUUCGUUCAAACAUUGCUAGAAGCCUGUCAGAGUUAGAAAUGCUUACGGAGGAUGGGGAAAAUAUGGAUACUCCCAAGAGAAAGAGUGCCAUUAAUGAAAGGAUGGAAGAUCUUGUGAGUGCAUCUUUAGCUGUUGAAGAUGCUCUUGUGGGAUUAUUUGAGCACAGCGAUCACACACUUCAAAGACGGGUUGUUGAAACUUAUAUUCGAAGACUAUACCAGCCCUACGUCGUCAAAGAAAGUGUGAGGAUGCAGUGGCACCGGUCUGGUCUUAUUGCUUCAUGGGAGUUCCUAGAAGAGCAUAUGGAGAGAACAAACAUUGGCUUAGACGAUCAAGAAACAUCUGAAAAAGGAUUGGUUGAGAAGCGUUGUAAGAGAAAAUGGGGGGCUAUGGUUAUAAUCAAAUCCUUGCAGUUUCUGCCGAGUACAUUAAGUGCAGCAUUGGCAGAAACAAAUCAGAACAACUAUGAAUCUUCCGCAGAAGAUCCUAUAUCUGGCAAUAUUAUGCACAUUGCUAUUGUGGGCAACAACAAUCAUACGAGUCUGCUUCAGGACUGUGAAAAUGAAGACCAAGCUCAGGAAAGAGUAAACAAGCUGGCAAAAAUUCUUACAGAGGAAGAAGUGAGUUCGAGCCUCCGUUCUGCUGGUGUAGGUGUGAUAAGUUGUAUAAUCCAGCAAGAUGAAGGACAAACGCCCAUGAGACAUUCUUUCUAUUGGUCGAUGGAGAAACAGUAUUAUGCAGAAGAGCCGUUGAUGCGUCAUCUUGAGCCUCCUCUGUCCACAUACCUUGAGUUGGAUAAACUGAAAGGAUACUCAAAUAUACAGUAUACACCUUCACGAAAUCGUCAAUGGCAUCUGUAUACCGUUACAGACAAGCCAGUGCCAAUCAAGAGGAUGUUCUUGAGAUCUCUUGUUCGACAGGCUACAAUGAACGAUGGCUUUAUGUUGCAGCAAAUGCAGGAUAAGCAACUUAGCCAAACACUGUCCUCCAUGCCAUUUACAUCGAAAUGUAUUAUUAGUUCUUUGAUGGAUGCCAUGGAGGAACUGGAACUGAAUGCCCAUAAUGCUGCCAUGAAACCAGACCACGCACAUAUGUUCCUUUCCAUACUGCGUGAGCAGCAGAUAGAUGAUCUUGUGGCUUACCCCAGGAGAGCUGAAGUGAAUGCGGAGGAUCAAGAAACUACUGUGGAGAUGAUCUUAGACAAUGCAGCACGAGAGAUACACAAAUCUGUCGGAGUGAGAAUGCAUAGAUUGGGUGUGUGCGAGUGGGAAGUGCGGCUGCGGUUGGUGUCUUCUGGACUGGAAAGUGCUUGGAGGGUUGUGGUUGCAAACGUGACAGGCCGUACAUGCACUGUCCAUAUAUACCGAGAAGUUGAAGCUACUGGGAGAAACAGUUUAAUUUAUCACUCGAUAACCAAGAAAGGACCUUUGCAUGGAACUUCAAUCAAUGAUCAAUAUAAGCCACUGGGAUAUCUUGACAGGCAACGGCUAGCCGCAAGGAGGAGUAACACUACUUAUUGCUAUGACUUCCCUUUGGCAUUUGAGACAGCCUUGGAGCAUUUGUGGGAAUCCCAACACCCGGGAGUUAAGAAACCAUGUAAGAAUACUCUUAUCAGUGUUAAAGAGCUUGUAUUCUCCAAUCCAGAAAGUUCUUGUACAUCUCUUGUUACUGUUGAAAGACCCCCCGGUUUCAACGAGUUUGGAAUGGUGGCUUGGUGCCUAGAGAUGGCAACUCCUGAGUUUCCUAUGGGACGAAAACUUCUAAUAGUUUCCAAUGAUGUCACCUUCAAAGCUGGUUCUUUUGGUCCAAGAGAGGAUGCGUUUUUCCAUGCUGUGACUGAACUCGCUUGUGCCAAGAAGCUUCCAUUGAUUUACUUGGCAGCAAAUUCUGGUGCUCGGCUCGGUGUAGCUGAAGAAGUCAAAGCCUGCUUUAAAGUUGGAUGGUCAGAUGAAGUUUCCCCCGAGAAAGGUUUUCAGUAUAUGUACCUAAGCCCUGAAGACCAUGCAAGGAUUGGAUCAUCUGUCAUUUCGCACGAAAUAAAGCUCCCUAGUGGGGAAACAAGGUGGGUGAUUGAUACGAUCGUUGGUAAAGAAGAUGGUCUUGGCGUAGAGAACUUAACAGGGAGUGGGGCAAUAGCGGGUGCAUACUCAAAGGCGUACAAUGAAACUUUUACUUUAACCUUUGUGAGUGGAAGAACGGUAGGAAUUGGUGCUUACCUUGCCCGCUUGGGUAUGCGGUGCAUACAGAGGCUAGACCAGCCGAUUAUCUUGACUGGCUUUUCUACGCUCAACAAGUUACUUGGGCGUGAGGUCUAUAGCUCUCACAUGCAACUUGGUGGCCCGAAAAUCAUGGGUACAAAUGGUGUUGUUCAUCUUACAGUCUCAGAUGAUCUUGAAGGCGUAUCAGCGAUUCUCAACUGGCUGAGCUACAUUCCUGCUUACGUGGGUGGUCCUCUUCCUGUUCUUGCCCCUUUAGAUCCACCGGAGAGAAUGGUGGAGUAUGCCCCAGAGAACUCUUGCGACCCACGAGCAGCUAUUGCUGGGGUUAAUGACAAUACCGGUAAAUGGCUUGGUGGUAUCUUUGAUAAAAGUAGCUUUAUUGAGACUCUUGAAGGCUGGGCAAGGACAGUAGUGACUGGUAGAGCUAAGCUCGGGGGAAUACCUGUUGGAGUUGUCGCAGUUGAGACACAGACUGUAAUGCAGAUCAUCCCAGCAGAUCCUGGACAGCUCGACUCUCAUGAAAGAGUGGUUCCACAAGCAGGACAAGUCUGGUUUCCUGACUCUGCGGCCAAGACAGCUCAAGCGCUCAUGGAUUUCAACAAGGAAGGGCUUCCAUUGUUUAUCCUAGCGAACUGGAGAGGGUUUUCAGGUGGACAGAGAGAUCUCUUCGAAGGAAUACUUCAGGCUGGUUCAACUAUUGUAGAAAAUCUGAGAACAUAUCGGCAACCAGUGUUUGUGUACAUCCCCAAGAUGGGAGAGUUGCGUGGUGGAGCGUGGGUUGUUGUUGAUAGCCAGAUAAACUCGGAUUAUGUUGAAAUGUAUGCUGAAGAAACUGCUCGUGGAAAUGUGCUUGAGCCAGAAGGGACGAUAGAGAUAAAAUUUAGAACCAAAGAGAUGUUAGAGUGCAUGGGAAGGUUAGACCAGAAGAUAAUCAGUCUCAAAGCACAGCUGCAAGAUGCCAAGCAAAGUGAGGCUUAUGCAAACAUUGAGCUUCUCCAGCAACAGAUUAAAGCCCGAGAGAAGCAGCUUUUACCAGUUUAUACCCAGAUCGCCACCAAAUUUGCGGAACUUCAUGACACUUCCACGAGAAUGGCUGCAAAAGGAGUGAUCAAAAGUGUUGUGGAAUGGAGUGGCUCACGGUCGUUCUUCUAUAAAAAGCUCAACCGGAGAAUUGCUGAGAGCUCUCUUGUGAAAAACGUAAGAGAAGCUUCUGGAGAAAACUUAUCCUAUAUAUCUGCAAUGGGAUUGAUACAGGAUUGGUUCUGCAAAUCCGACAUUGCAAAGGGGAAAGAAGAAGCUUGGACAGACGACCAACUGUUCUUUACAUGGAAGGACAAUGUCAGUAACUACGAGUUGAAGCUGAGCGAGCUGAGAGCGCAUAAACUAUUCAAUCAACUUGCGGAGAUUGGGAACUCGUCGUAUCUGCAGGCUCUGCCACAAGGACUUGCUAAUCUUCUAAACGAGGUGGAGCCUUCAAGAAGAGAAGAGCUGAAGGAUGCGCUAAGAAAGGUGUUGGGUUGA